AAAGUACAAAAACCCUCUUAAGAGCGUCUAUCUGUUGAAUGACGCGUUUCAAUGGCGGCUAAUUGCUCUCCUUCCACCAUUAAUGCCACAAAGCACUGAGAAAGGAUCCUACUUGAUGACUCUGUUUCUUCCCAUUCACUGAUAACAAUCCAUCUGCUGCUUGAAGUUUGAGCAGUACAGCUGCACCGAGUUACGGUACGGGCCUCCAUGCUCUCCAUCCUCUUCUUCUCCACCUUCUUCCUCACUCUCUCCCUCCUCUCUCUCCUCUUCCUCUCCUUCUCUCUCUACACCAACAAGCUCCGCAGCCCCCGCCCCGAGUCCAAUCCCGACACAGCAGCAUGCAAAGACGACAGCAUCAGCCCACCCGCUCCAGAACUGUCAUUAGCGGAAUCCGAGGGCCUGUCCGGCCAGCUGGACCGGGAUUCGGACCCGGCUCAGGGCCAGGGCCCCAAAAGGAAGAAGAAGAGGGCGAGGAAGAAGAGCAAGAGGCCGGACUUGGAUAAGGAAGAAGAGCAGAGUAUUGGUGGGGGCGAUGAGAAGAAGGUGGUGGGAUCCGGAUUGAGUGCUGAUUUGGGUUCCCGGGACAAGCCCGAGCUGAUUUGCCUGUACCCUUUUACCUCCUCGGGCAGUGCCACUCAAAGGAGGAUCAAACAGCAGUACGAUGAGCUCGUGAAGUCCCACGAUUCCAAGGGGCUGGCACUUGCUCAGGUUGGCGAGUUUGCUAAAUGCUUGGUGGAGGCUAGAAAUGAGUUACAGCACAAGUCUGAGGUCAUUCACCGCAAAUUCUCAAUAGCUAAGGCUCUUCUUUUCAAGGCGGAUAAGUCCUCCUUUGACCGAGUUCGUCAGCAGAUAUAUAAGCUUGAGUUAGAACAGAAGAGGCUUGAGGAAGAUGCUUUUGUUUAUAAUUGGCUCCAGCAGCAGCUCAAAAUCUCACCCGCUUAUAAGAAGAUGCUUGAGAUCAGUGCCAGCAUGGAGUUGAAGGCCAAGUCGGGCGAGCUAGUGGAAUCUAAAGAUGCAGAUCUUCCUGAGAUUUCAUUCGAAGAGUUUUUAGCUCAAGAGAAGAAAGAUUCUUUUUGGCAGAAAUUCGGGAAAUCAAGAUCAUGCUCGGGCUGAGAAUGAUGUAGAUGUCGGGUCACCUGGGUACAACCCUCGGUGACUUCUAGUAUGUAUAUAUCCUGCAAACCCUCGCAGCACUAAAGAGAUCUCUCUCCCCGCUGCCUUUUGCUUUGAGCCUCUUCCCCAAGACAAACAGACACAAAGCCCUUUGAUCUUCGACUAAUCAGCUCGGCCCUCUUCGAGGCGAAAGUACAAACAUCAAGAUGACACAGAUGAUGGAGAAACUAUAAUCUUUGCCUCCUUAUGGAGUUGAUCUUUGAUAAGAAAAAGUUGAAGGCUUGAUAGAAUAUUGAUGGUGCGGUGCGCAUGGCCCCAAAUGAGAAUUUUUGGUUGCUUCUAUAUAGGCUUGACUUUGGCUUCUCUUUAACUUGUCAUAUUGCUUCUGUUUUCAGUGUAUUUACUCCUUGUGAGGUUAUAACAUCCAACUGAUAGUUGGGCCCUGUAGAACUUAGUGAAA